AUGCGUUUGAAAAAAUGGUUCCAUUUUUUUUCUGAUAAAGAAAAAGCGAGCCUAACAACAGACUUAACUACAUUAAUAUUAUCUCGUAAACGAUCAAUGUGUAAUGUAUUGGAACAUGGUGAACACAAG